AUGUCUCCUUUCGCCUGCCUCGCCACCUUGUCCCUCGCACUGGCCUCGCUAUCAUCGCCAGCUUCAGCCAUGAGCAUCCCCAGCCAUAACCAUGGCGCCGCCGUCGAGGCACCCGUCGUGCCCUCAUGGAAGCAGUUCCUGCAGGUGCAGAACGACGCCCGGGGCGCGGUCGGCGUGCAGCCGCUGACAUGGAACUGGACGAUCGAGCUGGACGCCAUGAGGUACGCGAACGAGCUCCGGGUCCCCUGCAGCCUAUCGCCGAUAGCGUGGCCCACCGACGGGGUCUACGGGCGGAACCUCUACCGGGCCGGCGGGCACCACAACGCGGCGCACGCGGCGGCGGCGUGGGUGGACGAACGGCGGUGGUACGACCGCCGCGCCAACGCCUGCGCGCAGGGCAAGACGUGCGGGGACUACACGCAGGUGGUGUGGAACACCACCACGCACGUCGGCUGCGCCCGCCGGACAUGCAAGAACGGCCUCGACACCGUCGCCGUCUGCAACUACUUCCCUCCUGGAAACUAUGUCGGCGUGGCGCCCUACUGA